CAAACUUGCAAUUUUAAGAGUAGUCCUAAAAUUCUCUAUAACUUCCAGAAUCAGUCCCCAAUAAUUUUCCAAAUUCAUUACAAUCAUAUACUCUAAUAUCAUUUUGCUCUCAAAUCUCAAUUUCACUGUUAAAAUUUUCUUAAUUAGUAUAAGCAGUUCAAGACUGCAAUUUAACGCCAAACUCAAAAAAGGAACAGAAAAAAGAAACAAAAGGUGAAAACCAAGAAGACCCUUUUUUGUUCUUCAUAAUUACAGGACUUAUUAUGGUUAGUUGAGCUUCACUUCAAGGUUAGAUCUUGUUGUGUGAGAGUAGAUUGUAAUGAUGUCAAGACCAAUGCUGCUUGUUUUUCUGUUGAUCGUACUCAUAAUCACAUCUCAGUUUGAAUGGAAACAGCAGCUGGUGAGUGACGUCGAACCGAGUCCCAGUAUAUCUCAGAAGCAGCAACAAAUCUCAAAGAGAGAAGAAGCUGUUAAAGAGAAGAUUAUAUUAUCACAGGAGAAGAACAUUCAGAGGCUUAACGAGCUCGUGCGGAGUCUCAGGGAACAGUUGCUUCAGUGCAGAAGUAGUAGCAAUGAAACAAUAAAUAACACUUUUAGCUCACUGGCUGACAUUGCUGAAUUUGAAAAACAGCAAAUUCUUGAGGAUUAGACAGUGACAUACAUCAAUAAGUUUUGUCAUUGUCACACUACUCAAAUUUUCUGUGCUAUCUCCUCUGUAACUACCUUUUUUCCGCUUAUUUUGUGUGUCUAUCUUGUAAGUCACUGAUGAAAUCUGCAAUUUGAGUGUCAUUAUACUAA